GCUUAUCAUUCAUUCUCAUCUCAUUGCCUAUUAGCACCCAACAACCGAGGCCAGAGAACAAGAAUGUCUGAUAUGGUGGAGAAGGCGACGAAUUUCGUCUCAGAGAAGGUUGCCAGCAUAAAGAAACCAGAAGCCACCUUGGCCGACGUCGAUUUCAAAAGCAUCACUCGUGACUCCGCCACCUUUAGUGCUCAAGUCUCUGUAAACAACCCCUAUCCAUGCCCUCUCCCCAUCUGCGAAGUCACUUACCUGCUCAAGAGCGAUAACAGAGUGAUAGCAUCGGGGACGAUGCCGGAUCCAGGGUCGCUAGCGGCGAACCAGACAACGAUGUUAGAUGUACCGGUUCAGGUGCCUUACAGCAUAUUGAUAAGCUUGGCAAAGGACAUAAGUUCAGACUGGGACAUCGAUUAUGCGUUAGAGUUGGGUUUCACGAUAGACUUGCCGGUCGUCGGAAACUUUACGCUGCCACUCUCUCAUAAGGGAGAAAUCAAGCUCCCUACCUUAGGUGACAUCCUUUAAGUUCCUGAAAUUGAAUCGACUUUGGAACUUGCAUCUUCCUCUUUUCAUUUCUCUCUGUUUCCUUGUCCUUUACCAGUUUACCGGUGGAUGUGUUUCAAAUAAAUAUUAGGGUCGCCAGUAGCCUUGUAUUAUCGAUGCGUUAGAUCAUCGAUGCAUCUUCUCUAUCAUUAAAAUUCACAAUAAUACAUUGUGGGUCGAUUCUGAGUUCCAAA